AAAGAGACAGUGCACAUGCUCAGAAAUGCUGCACUUGUUCUCUUAGCAGUUUGCAGCGGCCAUUUCAAAGAAACCAUCACAAAGACAAGAGAAAGAUCAGUCAGAGAAGCACCCAUUCCCAAGAUGCUGGCACCCUGCCUUCUGAGGAGAGCCAUCCUUACAGUUCCUUUGGUAUUUUUGGUGGCACUACUUGUCUCAGAGCCUGUCAGAGCUGACCAGGAAGCAGGAACAGCCAUCCCAGCUGAAAGCCGCCCCUGUGUUGAUUGCCAUGCCUUUGAGUUCAUGCAGAGAGCUCUGCAGGAUUUAAAGAAGACAGCAUAUAAUCUAGACACAAGGACAGAAACUCUGCUUCUUCAGGUGGAAAAGAGAAAUCUGUGUGACUGCAUAGCUGCCAAUCUGCUGAACUGAACCCUGGAGACCCCUGAGGAGACUCACCUGUCCAGCAGUUUUUAAAAUGCAGCUGUAUAAAAUACAGCUUUAUGGAGUUCAUGUGGCAAGCAUGUAUGCCCCAAUGCUGAUGAAACUGGGGCCUGUGUCUGAUGUGUUUGUCUGUUCUGUAUCUUUUUUUAAAAAGGACCCUCUUUUCACAUCUCCUGGAUUGCCAGUAAGGGCUCAAUUCAGUAAAUCUGUUACUUGAUUUUAGGGUGGGGAGAGGGGAAAUGCACCUGCUUUGAUUUUUAAAUCAGAAUUUGCCAAGUGUAACCCCCAAAAAUAAUUUUGGAGAAAUUAUCCCUAGAGACAUGUUCAGCUGUUUUUUGUCUUCAAUAUGCACACAUGUCUGUGGCAACUUACCCAGUUACAUUGAGACAUGCCACUGUAGUCUCUGUAGCCUUUGCCUGUGUAUUAAAGAUGAUGAACUCCUUUCUGUUUGUUGUCUGUGCUGUGCCCACCUUCAGGCAUGUUGUAGUUCUGUCAGCUGUAAUGGGCUGUGUGUCAUGAGGAGUUACACAUCUGCUGUUCUUGGACCAAAGCAGUUUAUAUCUGUGCUGAGCCUCCUGUUAUCCUGCAGAAGAGUAUUAUUUUCUUUAAUUAAAAUGUUUGGGUUCUUCCCCUCCUUCCUUGGGUACCCCAUUCUAGUGAAUUUCUGAGUAGCUUUAUUUUAGCAGGUCAAAUGGCCAGAGUGAAAAGGAGAAUCAGAGUAUGAUUAGGCAGCCUGGCCAGUUCCAGCUGUGCCAAAUGCUGCCACCAGCAACUGCUCAGCAUCACACUCUGGAUGAAGGACAGCUCUGUGCAGUGCCAAGAAGUUUCUUCAUGAGUCUGUGCCUUAUUUUGCUUCAAGUGAAACACAGGAAUUAGGUCACAAAUAUUUGGUCCAUCCUGUGAUGGGCUAAACUCCAAAUGUUUUGGUUUUCUCUUGUAGCUGCUUUUGAAAACUGCUCCUUCUGUUUCAGGCAAGAAGAAAGACCUUUGUACCUGAAAACUGGGAUUGUUUCAUCCUCACCUCUCCCCCUUUAUUCUAAGAUUCUGUGUCCACUCAAGUCUGAAAUAGGCUGAGCACUGCCAGGAGGUGCUUGGAGUUCUGCUGUGCUUUAGAGCUGUCUCAAAUGAUUCCAGCAUUAAGACCUGGCUUGGGAAGGGGAUGGGACAUCUGAAGGUAAAAAUUUCUUCAGCUGAAUUUGGAAGAAAGUUCCUGCCUGUGGGUGUACUUAUAUAAAUAAAUUGCUGUGAUUUUGCUGGGAGUGGAUGAGAGAGGAAACCCAACUCCUGCUCUGCCCAUGCAGCUGCAGGAACGGUAACAGCAGCUGGGGGAGCACAACAGGGACCUGAGUGCCUUCCCAAACCUUCCAGAGCUGGGAACACCAAUCCCUGUGCACUGAGAAGCACUGCAUGCCCUUCUGUGUGUGACCAGCACACAGGCCAGCACAGAAGCCCAGUGUGAAUGGGACAGAGGAUUCUGGUGUUAUUUUUCCAAAUCCCCUCAGGGAGCAGCUGUGCUGUGUUUCUCACCCAGUCCAUUCACACAACAUGGGAGCCCUGGCACUGCCCAUUUUGGGCUGCUUGGCAAAGCCAGUCAGUGCAAGCCUCACCUGCAGCUCCCCUCCCAGAGGGUGGGAAGGGGCAGCGGUCCUUAUCCAAGGCAGAGCACUCUCAGGAUUUCUGGGAGCAAAGCCUCCUUUGGAGAGCUU